UAACCUAACCUCAUAAUUUAACUCCACUGUUUAACUCCCACUUUCCUGUUCGAGAUUUUUUUCUUUUUUUAAAUAAAAUAUCGAUUUAUUCAGUACUAAAAAUAAACCAAAUCAAAAUGAGCGAUACGCCUAUAAAUGGACUAACUGGUGCACAAAAAAUGAAUGGAACAGAAGAAAAAACUCCUUUUUUAAUUGGGGUUGCUGGAGGCACAGCUAGUGGAAAGAGUACAGUAUGCAAACGCAUUAUGGAAAAGUUGGGUCAAGCGGAAAUCGAUAACAAACAGCGUCAAGUUGUGUGCAUAUCGCAAGACAGUUUCUACAGAGAACUAACUCCGUCUGAAAUUUCUAAAGCUGCAAGGGGUCAAUUCAACUUUGAUCAUCCAGAUGCUUUUAAUGAGACAUUGAUUAGAGAUACUUUAAUUGAUAUUUUGGCUGGCAAAAUGGUACAGAUUCCUACAUACGAUUAUAGGAAUCAUGCCCUAAAAAAAGACGAGGUGUUAACCAUUUACCCCGCAGAUGUUGUUCUUUUUGAAGGAAUCCUGGUAUUUUAUUUCCCUGAAGUAAGGAAACUAUUUCACAUGAAAUUGUUUGUUGAUACUGAUUCAGAUACCAGGCUUGCUAGAAGAGUUCCCAGAGACAUAAAUGAAAGGGGCAGAGAUUUGGACCAAGUCUUAAAUCAAUACAUGAAUUUCGUAAAGCCUGCGUUUGAAGAAUUUUGUUCUCCUACCAAAAAAUUCGCAGAUGUCAUUAUUCCAAGAGGUGCAGACAACCUUGUGGCAAUCGAUCUUAUAGUGCAACACAUCAGAGAGAUCCUUUCAAGUAAACCGAGAAAUUCUGAAGAACGGAGUUUACCUCAAGUAAGGGUUCAUCCAGCAAUGCUUCAAUCACCCACAAAGAGGGUGACUAUUAGCAAUGAUGUCUGUAAAAGACCACAUUAGGUUUGUAGCUCACUUUGAUAAUUUGGCUUACUCAAAAAGUGUAACACAAACUAGAAUAUUUUGCAAUAGAAGAAUUAUUAGAUAUAGGUAUUUUAUCCCAUAGGUCACAAUUUUCCGGUUUGAUUAAAGAACUUAUUUAACAAUACUUUUGUUAAAAUUCACUCCACCAUGGUAAUCACCUGAAUUUUGGUGAAUACAAAGAAUAUUUAAACAUAUGUAUUUGUAUAGGGACCUGCGGAAAAAUACCUUUUUUUGGAGGCAACAAAAAUCAUAGAGUUAAUAAUUUUCCUGAAUAAAAUUAACAUUUGGAUUGUGAUAGAUUAAGUACCUAUAAUUUAAACGCUCAAUAAUUUUACUUAGAUGAUUUCUUUAAUUUCUAUUUUAUGUUUUUACUAAAAAUAUUUUAUUUUGCUUGUUAUUUAUUUAAUUUAGGGCCGGUUUAUUCACUUUUUGAUAUACUGUCAGGUAUGCAAUCUGAUGGAUAAAAACCGGACCUUAAUCUUUUUCAAAAAUUAAUUUAUUAACUAGGUUGGGUGUUAUUAAUAAAAAAAAACUAAUUGUGUUUUGUGAUAUUUUUGCCAAAAAGUUUCGUUUUAUUAUUUAUUAGGUAAAUUAUUGGUGCUAAAAAAAUAGAAUGUAGUGUUUAGAUUUAAUGCUCCACUAUUUAUUUCUGUUAACAAUUUUAAAUAAAACUAUUUUGAAGAAUGAAGGUUAUACAUUACUUUACUUUUCUUAACAAAUAGGGACAUGGAAGCUUCAAUUGAGCUUUUGAAAAAGUCCAGUUCAGUUCAAUAUUUUCAGUUUUCUGCACACUUACCAGUGGCGUGUCCAGAUAACGGAUGGGGAAAGAUGGUGAAAGUACAGGGCAGGAGAGACUUAUAAUUUCAGAACCAGUCAGCCAUUCACAAGUUUCAUAUAUUUCUUUUUGAAAAUGUCUACAUAAAGUUUAGUUUAGUGUUCUUAAUAAAUCCUCGAGGGGAAGCUGUGCUUCCCUAGUAAACACGCCACUGACACAUUGAUUUUCUCAUGAAAUGUUUGGGGAGUCAUUUCUGCUUGUGCAAUGUUGAAGGAGUUCAAAUCCACUUUCAGUUUUAGAUGAAUGUAGAAAUUAAGGCUUCAAUUAACAACAAAUGCUUGAAGUUUAUGAAUAAUAAAUGCCACUGAUUAUUCCAAGAAUUUAAACUUAAUCGCAAAAGUUUGAUAAGAAAGAAACAAUUAUUAAUACAUUAGAAACUAUAUUACAUUAAAAAAUUGAGAUUUACUUAUCAAUAUUGGUACAUAAAAACCACCGACACCUUUUUUUUUUAAAUAAUACCCUAAGUUUUCUGUUUGUAUUAGUUAUUGGUGUUUACUGGUAGUAGAGUUCUAUAUUCAUCCCAUCAUGGAUUUCAUCUGGGUAAAAAUGUUAAGGAAAUAUUUUUCAUGGUGAGUUGAAUCGUAUUUUAUAAAUUAAGUUGUGAAAAGGAUACAAUCCUGUAGCUGUAUAUGAUCCUUGAACGUGGUAUACCAUUUUUUCAGGACGAUUUUGUCCCAUUUAGUGCCAGUUUGAGCAGCGAUCAGCUUUUUGAGGUCUCCUACUGUAUCGUCGGGGUUGCAUUUCACUCGGACUUUUUUGCCCAGUCGGUCGUUGCAGGUAAUUUCAAUCAUGAUUGGGUACUUGCCUCAAUAAAAGUUUGGUCUUUGUUUUUCUGAAUCUAAAAAAUAGCAGGAAAGAAAAACACUGAAAAACGAAAGAAUUUUUUUAAGGUUAUGUUCA